AUGGAUGAUAUGAAGGAAUUAAGUACUGAAAUUAUGAAAUCUACCCAACUAUCAAGCAUGCUAAGGGCUCAUUCUAAUUCAUCAAUGAUCUUUGGAAGCAGAAUUUAUGACGUUAACACUAUAGAGAGAACAGCAGAGAUGGCUGCUAGUGAAAAUAUCAAAAAAGCAUCACAAAAAGAAAUGAUAACAGUUGAUAAAGAAAUCAACCUUCCAAAAAUUAAACAAAUGGCAACAGAUAACAGGUCAAUGCAGUGUUAUGGACCAGGUUGUGUUAAAGGUGCACGAAAGCAUUCUAAGUAUUGCAGCGAUAGUUGCGGAAUGAAACUGGCCACCAACCGAAUUCUAACCAUUCUUCCUCAGCGAAUUGAACAGUGGAAAAUAAUACCAAGCUCUGCUGAUGAACUAAAUAGAAGACAGCUGGUCGAAAUACGCAAAAAGAAGCGCUCUAUUGAAAGUGAUUUAGAAGCAGUUGAAGAAAAAAUUACUCAUUUCAUUAACUUUAUUCAAAAACCUAAAACUUUGGCAGAUAUGGAGAUCACAGUAGAUUCUGACGAUGAAAGUAGUACUUCCACGAUUUAUUGCAAAAUAUGUGGUAGAGAAAUAUUAAUAAAUGUAGCAAUUAAACAUAUGGAAAACUGCUAUAGGCGAAAGGAAAGACGACUCCAGUUAAUUAGUACAACUUCACCGUCCAAUGACAUGCACUGGAAUAUCUUCUGCAAUCACAAAGUAUCACGUAAAGUUUAUUGCAAGCAGCUGCGCGUACUUUGUCCGUUGCACUUCAAAGAAUCUACAUCUGCAGAUAAAAUAUGUGGAUACCCAUUGCUUAAUCUAACGGAUUCAGAAAGCCAUUCUCGAAAAUUCUGUGGUCAUCUUAAGAAAAACUGUUUAAAACAUGUAGGAUGGGAAGAAAUACGUCGAGCUGAACUAGACAUGGAUAAACUACAGCUGUUAAUUAAGUUAGAUGAAUUGGAAGAGGAGGAAAUGAAACUUAGAACAGCAAUGGCAACUCGUGGUAAUUUGCUUAGUUUGAUGUGUCACCAGACAAUUGCCCAUUAG